AUGAGUGUGUCUGCGUCUCCGGAGAGAGUGAAGGAUGGAGAGGCUUUUGUCGUGGAAGUGUCUGGAAACCUGGCCGGACGCCCCAGUCAGCCCACAGGGAUUCUGGGACUUGGAGGACAGGAUCUCUCUUAUGUCUCUGUGGAGCUCCUGGAGACGACCUCUAAAGGUCAAAGUUCAGCCCGUGUCAGCGUGUUGGAUGAUGGUUCCUUUACUGCGUCAUUUGAUUGGAUUUUUAAAAAUCCAGGCAAAUAUGAGAUUCGCGUCUGUGCCUCCAACCCCCUCUCCACGCUCUCCUCCUCCCUCCACUUGUCCGUCUCGCGGUCCUCUCCAGGCAGCUUAAUGAUGUCUUUGCUUCACGGCCCCCCGGGCGUCCCCUCCUGCAUCCCCUCUGCACUCUCAGACCCUGAUGGUGAGACUGUGGAGGCAGCGUACCAGGGAGACGCCGUCACACUGCAUGUGUGUUUUGUCAUCUCCGACCUCAGAGCGACUGUUCCUGUGGCUGUGGAGCUGCUCGCCACCGCGAAACACCUGCUUGUCCUCAACCUCACGCUGACUGCAGAGAACGACCACAGCCACGAGGAUCACAGAGACCUCGGCAGCAACGAAAAGGACUGUAACCGUGGCAACGUCACAUGUGAUCACUACAUCAGUCACAUCUGUUGGCAAGUUGGCACCCACCACUUCCACCUCCUCCACACCUUCAACCACUCCAGCUGCCAUCUGCACCUCCGUCUUCCCAUCCGAGUUCAGGAUCCAGUUGGAAAGUUGGUGUUGAACAUUUCCAAUGACGCCACCAGAACUGUGAGAAUUUCUGCAGCAAAGCAAGCAUAUCCUACAAACACAGAUGUAACCUUCCUGGCUGUGGCUGAUCUACCAGAUCCUGUCGACUUCCUCUGGCACUUUGGAGACUCCAGAUCAGCCCGAACCACCUCAAGAACCGUCACUAGAAGAUUCUACCAACCUGGCAGUUAUGAUGUUGUCUUAGUUGCAUCUCAUGGUCAGACGUCCGUCACCUCCAACGCUUUCCAGCUGGUCGUCCAGAGAGCAGUGAAGCUCAACAGGCUGAUCCACCAGGCCUCGGUCCUGCAGAACCAGACAGUGGUGGUGAGCUGCCGAGUUAAUGUGGGGACAAAUCUGACCUUCCUGUGGAGCUUCGGAGACGGAACAGUCCGACCUGGACAGAGCUCAGAGGAGCAUGUCUUCUAUAGAACAGGAGAGUUCAGACUUGAAGUGAAUGUGUCUAACCUGAUCAGUUCUGCCUCUCUGAGCAGCUACAUCUUCGUUGUGGAUCGGCCUUGUCGGCCUCCACCAGUCAAAAACAUGGGGCCUCUCAAACUACAGGUGCGCAGACAUGAGGUCGUCCGUCUGGGUGUGACGUACGACACAGAGGUUGACUGUGACGGAUCGGGAGGUCUUCACUACACCUGGACAUUGUUUGACUCUGCAGGCCGAAGCUUCCCUUUACCUCUAACAGACACACACAGACAGAGUCUCACACUACAGAGCCACCUCCUGCUGUAUGACACCUACACUGCCAUAGCCAGGGUACAGGUCGUGGGCAGUGUGGUGUACAGUAACUACAGCGUGAGAGUUCAGGUGGUACCAAGCCCUCCUGUGGCUGUCAUCCAGGGUGGCACCAACGUCUUCAUUAACAGGAGCUCCGGCACAGUAACCCUGGAUGGGCAGGCAUCUCAUGACCCUGACUUCCCCAUGAACCCACUCAGCUACAGUUGGACAUGUAAGCCAGUCAGCUCCAUCGCCAGCUCCUGCUUCAGCCAGCACAUUCACACUUCAUCCUCGGUGCUCAAGUUCCCUGUCGGUUUCUUGAAGCACAACUUUGACCAGUUCCAGUUCAGGCUCACCGUCCACAGCGGAGAGCGUUCAGCUUCAGCAGAGACCUUCGUCACCUUAGUGUCAAACCUGAUCAGGAGGGUGUCUGUUUCCUGCUCUCGUUGUCAGGGAGACCGUGUGAGCUGGGAUCAGACGUUUUCUGUUAGCGCCACGUGUGAAGGCUGUAACAUUCCUGCUGAACACGUCCAGUACAGCUGGAGUCUGUAUGUGGUCAAUGCUUCAUCCAAGCCUGUCACUGAAAUCCCGUUUUGUUCCACCGUAGAUCUCACCUCUUUCUCUUCCAUCAUGGAGAAUCCUGCCACAUCCCCUCAAACACCCGAGAUUUCUACCCUACACACCCCAGUGGCAAGUUCACAGUCCAGCCACUCUGUCUAUGCAUCUGCUGCUUCAUCCCCAACUGAGAAUUCCUCUGAAACUAAAGCCAAAAAUCUAAAUCUGGACCGAUCGAAUGAAAGCAGAGACACAUCAGACAAAGCCGAGUCGGAGCCUUCUACGAGUCCACUUGUCCUCGGCGAUGGCAGCAUCAUGCAUUCGGACCACUUUGAUAUUACCAGCGAACUUCCAGUUGAGCCUGACUCCUCUACUUACUGGGAUUUUUCUUUUCCUGUGCCAGAGAGUAGUGGUGAGGGCAGUCAGCUAGAUUAUGACGCUCUCUUCCCAAGUGCAGAGGAAGGAGACCCUGGGAUGUCAGCAGGACGACCCACAGGUGUAGACGGUGAGAGCCUCAGUCCAGGAGACGACUCACUGUUUGAUCCAGCAACACACCAAGACGAAGGCAGUAAUCUGGUGGAUCUCAAACCGCCCGUGGUGCUUCAGGAUCCCAGUUUGCUCGACUUACCUCGACACCCACUGGACAGAGGCCUCUUUGAGUCCUACACGGGAAGCUCCUCCCCUUCGCUCGAUUUCAGACCCUUCAGUCUGAGGGCGGGGAGCAGGUACAUGUUGGAGGUCACUGCCGAAUCUCAAAAUAGCAUUCUGGGACGGACUCAGCUGUUUUUCCAAACCAACCCUGUUCCAAAAGGCAUGACGUGUCAGGUGCAGCCAGUCACAGGACGAGAGUUUUACACACAUUUCAGCAUCUUCUGCACCUCAGGGAGAGAGGAUUUACUGUAUGAGUACAGCUACAGUGUAGGAGGCAGACCCCGCAGAACGCUGUACCAGGGGAGAGACUUCCAGCACUACUUCAGUCUUCCAUCAGGUGACCCCAGUGACGACUAUAAAGUAACUAUUUAUACAGAAAUCAGAAGCAGCACUUUGGGGUCAGCCACCAAACCCUGUCCUGUCACCGUCCGAGUCCAACCGAGCUUCUUCAGAAACACCUCGUCCUCUUCUUCACAUCAUGAUCCUGAUCUGGAGCUCUCAGAGUCAGGUUUGAGGAACCUGUCGGCUCUGGUGCAGCUUGGGAACAGCGUAGAGAUCCGUAACUACGUCGGCCUCCUCUCCAUCAUCCUGAACAGACUCAGCCUGGACACUGAGGCCAACACACAGGCACAGGGACACAUGCGCAACCAGCUAAUUUGCACACUUUGUGAGCUUGAAAAGGUUUCAACGACGGACAACAUCUACAUUCUCGAAGACCUUCUCAAAGUUACAAAUCAGGUGACAUUAGUGAGUGCCAGACGAGUAACAGCUCAUAUUCGGGCUAUCUUAGAGCGGUGUUCUGACCAGAAGACGCUCAGCUCUCUGAUCAGCCUGCUUUCACACAGCCUUCAGGUGGUCACUAGCUGCAGCUUCACACCUGAAACACCCAACAGUGUUGACAUUACACAAGCAUUGGAAACAGGCUCACAUAGUGGUGAAAAAGGCGCUCCUAAUGCCUACAUACGUGACUCAUCUGCUGGUCCUCACACCAAACAGCGAAGAUCAACUCCAACAAAGCAAGUGAUGCAACUUGUGACUGAUAUUCUGCAGACUGCUUCGGACCUGAUGCUGAAGUCCAUUCUGUUCCACGAGACCAAAGAGCACAGUGUGAGAGCUGGUCUCAUCACUUUGUAUGCCACAUCCCUAAACCAGACCUCCACAGUCAUCAACAGCGGCUCAGCUACUUUCUAUAUGCCUGCUCCUCUGAUCCAGAUUCUGUUUGAUCAUCACACUGGAGUCACUGAUCGGUUACAGCAUCGACCGUGUGUCCUCAAAGUGCUGACUGAGCUGGCUCACAGCCCUUUCACCUGGGCCAGCUAUUCCACACAGUUGAGUGGACCAGUGGUUGACCUGAGUCUGUACAAGUGCAGCACGAGGAGGAGGAUCCCCGUUCGCUCCCUCAUUCAGCCGAUUGUCACUGAGCUGCAUCAUCUACAAAGAAACAGGAGCUCCGUGAGCGAGUACAUCCUCCUGCGCAGCCACAUCAGCUACCACAGCUUCAACAUUACCCAGGAGCACUUGCAGCAGGCCAUCCAGGUGACCGUGGUGUUCACGCCGUCGCCCAACAAGGCGUUUCCCAUCAUGCUGCUCUUCAGGAUGUUUGAGAGGCCGACUCCCAGCAUGCACCACUUGCACAGGGUUCACCGCUGGGAGAGCAACACCACACGCAUCACUUUGCCACCGUCCUACCUCAGUGCCGCAGGGAUCGGUCACUUGGCCCUGCUUGAUGCAGGAUUUGGGAAAGCACCCAGAAGCAAGCACCUGAGUGAACAGAUAAGCUACAGUCUCACAGUGGACAGCAGUCUGUGUUUGUCCUGGGACGGCCAGCAGGGGGCCUGGACACGCCACGGCUGCAGGACACGGCUAGAGGACACGAGCCCUGCAGUCAGCUGCAGUUGCCACCAGUUGAGGCCGCUGACUGUAAUGCGCCACCUGAUCCAGAGCAGCCACGACACAGCUGAUCUGGAUCCAUUCCUGAGUGCAUCCAGUGAUCUGACAGUGGUGGUGGUGCUGACGUUGUGUUUGUGCCUGUACAUCCCGGGGUUGGUGGCAUGUAAGAGAGCUGAUGUCUCCUCUGAGGGGAACCGAAGGAUCCACUACCUUUCUGACAACCCUCCAUCAGACCCACAUCUCUAUGCCGUCACCAUCCACACUGGUCUCUGCUCUGCAGCCCGUAUGAGUGCAAAGAUUUACAUAGUGCUGUAUGGGGAAGAUGGGGCCACGCAGACAAGAGAACUACAAGUCCCAGGAUGCACUCUGUUCAGGAGGAACUCUCAAGACACCUUUAUACUGAGUGCAGCAGACAGCCUGGGCCCUGUGUGGGGGCUUCACAUCUGGCAUGACAACUCUGGACCCUCCCCAGACUGGUACCUCAAACAAGUGGAGGUGUCUGAGGUAAAGCUCAUCAAUUUACGUGUGAGGAGAUGGCUGUUUGUCGGUCAGUGCUGGUUGGCUGUGAACAAAGGCGAUGGCCGAGUGGAGAGGGAGCUACGUGUUUGCACUCAAGGAAUAGGCUUUGCUAAGAUGUUGGGUCUCAAGCUAUUGGAAUACAUGGCCGAUUUCCACAUCUGGAUGUCUGUGUGCAGCUGCCCUUGCCCCAACUCCUUCACACACACCCAAAGACUUAGCGUGUGUCUGCUGCUGCUGUUGGGUUACGCAUGUGUCAACACAGUAAUCGUAUCACAAACGGAUGAUCAGUUGCUGUUUGAGUUGGGCUUUAUCGACAUGUCAGCUGUUUCUGUAACAACGGGACUUUUAAGCGUGGCGGCUGUGUUGCCCGGAGCAACAGUGAUAGCUUUCCUGUUUCGACUGCGAGGGGUCAAGCCGAUGAGGUCACGAGUCCAACGCGCUAAGAGCAAAAUGACUGAAAAAGACUGUUUUGAAGAUGCUCUGUCAGACACAGACCUCCAGUCAGUGUUCACUACAUCUCGAGGAAAUACAGACACUGAUAAAGAACCUGUUUUCCUGCCAGAUGUGGCCAUAAGAAAGGAGGAUGACCUAACGUUUGAGAGCAGUGCCUGUUUGUCCAGUAGGAGACAUGAAGGUCAAGAGGAGGUUCACCAGGAGGAAGAAACUCCUAGAAAAUGUUCACCAGACUUAAGCUUUGAGGAAGGUUGCCAUCACCAGACAGCGUGGCCUGGUCAACAGACAAAAAGACGAUUACGACCAACAUCCCAGUGGUGUCACUAUCUGGCCUGGGCGCUGUGUCUGCUGUUGUGUCUCUCCUGCUUUGUGUUCUCCACAGUGCUGGGAAUGAGAUUCAGCAGCACCAAGGCUCUGCUGUGGAUACAUUCUCUUUUCUUCUCCCUGAUGUCUUGCAUCUUCCUCAUCCAGCCAGCUGUGCUGCUUGGAGCUCGUCGGCGAGCUCGGUUCCUGCGUCUUGUGCGCCCGCCUACACCGGCAGAGUUGAGGAAAACUCGUGGGAAGAAAAGAAGAAACGCUCUGAUCUAUGAAACACUGAGGGAUUUGUCUCUCUGUGUCCCUAUGUUUAUCCUGAUGAUGUGUAUCAUCUAUGGCAGCUCAGUCAGUGACCACUACCACCUCAAUAGAGCUGUUAGGAGACUCUUUAUAGGGAAUCAAGACAAUGCUUUUAGAGCCAUACAAACGCAUGAGGACUGGUGGAAGUGGACACAGACAAGUCUGCUUGAUUUACUGUACAAGAACGCAUCAUUUAAAACUGAGUCAUAUAUUGUGAUUGGAGAGCCAAUGCUGAAGAAGAUGAUGUCCGACACAUUUCAGAACCAGGUUUCCAUGGCAACACUGCCAAGGACAUGUGGUCCCCUGGGUUGCCACGCAGGACCGAGCGCUACAGUUGGCUUAGGCCGCACAAAAUCUGACGCUGCAUCCAAACUGAAGCUUCUGCGUUCAGGUGGCUGGCUGGGUGGACAGACGGUGGCCCUGAAGGUUCACUUCACCUUGUACAGCCCCGCGCCAAACUUGUUCACCAGUGUCACUCUGCUCGCCGAGCAGAGCCCCACCGGUGUCCUGCUGCCUUCUGCCAAAGUCCAGUCAGUCAGGGUUUAUCACACUCCUGCUGUGUGGGGCUACAUUGUUAUGGUCUGCCAGCUCCUCUUCCUCCUCUUGUCUCUACUACAACUCUAUCUUCAAACGUCCAGUUUAGCACAGCAAGGGCUGCUGGAAUACUUGAGGAAACCUUGCAACUUGGUGGAAGUCAGUCUGCUGACAGUGACAAUAGUGUAUUAUGUGUAUCACAUCUAUCGCUCUGUUAUUAUCAUGGAAGUCGUGGAGUCGCUGCAGAGACGCAGCUACAGAGGACAUGUUGAUGUCAGCCUGCUGGCUACCUGGGAACAAUCUGUUCGUACUCUGCGGGGCAUUGUGGUUUUCCUCCUGACUGUGAAGUGUGUGACUGUGCUGAGGGUGAACAGGACCUUGGCUGUCUCUGCUACACUGUUUGCCCACUCACUCUCCAGCCUCUUAUGGCCAGCGAUUUCAGGUCUGAUACUACUGGCAGCGCUGUCCUGUGUGGGCAAUCUGCUCUACAUACAAAACUCCUGGGCCUUCAGCUCUGUUCCCCGAUCAUUUUGGACUCUGCUCCGUCAGCAUCGAGGCCUCGGAGCCGGCAGGGGAUUCCUCCUCUCUGGGCAUGAUUUGUUUUACUAUGGAGUCCUGUGUCUGACCUCUACAGUGGUGUGGACAGCAAUGAUGAUCAGUGUGGUGUCCUCAUUGGUCAAACCUGCCAAAAGACGUCCAAACAGGAGGAAAGUCUUCACCAUAGCAGAACUGGCCAGCUACAUCAGACAGAGGGUCUCUGAGCUCACUGGGAAGCAUAGACAAGCAUCGACUAGUAACCAUGAGGACGAGAGGACAUAUUACCUUGAGGAGUUUGAAAGCUUAGUGGAUGAGCUGUUGUUCAGACUCAACGCUCUCUCCAGCAGCCUGCACCACACUCUGCCCCCCAAAGCCCAUCGCUUCGGAGAGGAGGACAGUCCUGUCAUCUCACCCAUAUCUGAGCCCUCUGACAUGGACACACAGGACUCUGUGAGGUCACAGAUGAUGGUGAAUGAUGCCACUGAGAUUGGUGACCACUCUGCAUCAAAUCUGGGAGAAAAUCAACCUUCAUCUAACCUGUUCAGGUCCCAGGUUGACCUGAACAUCCUACAGGUCCGACAGCAGAGAGGCCAAAUGGGACACAAUCCCUCGUUGGACAUUGUUGUGGCAUCUGAUGAUAAAUUAAAGGGUGAAUGCUGCCUGGGUCGCCCAGAGCCAGCAUCACUUGAAAGACUUUUGACAGGAGAUGUUCUAGAGAAGCAAGCUGACAAGUGGAGUAAAACAAACGACUGGUUAAGUAAAACUCAGGCCACCCAUACAGAGGUGGUGGUGGAGGUUCUGGUCCAUGAAGAGCCUGGGAGAAUAGAGCCAGAUACACACUAG